AUGGAGAAAAAGCCAACCACAGAAAUGCCCCAGGAGGCUUUCCCUGGCACCACGAGCAUCUUCGGGGAAGAGCUGACUCCAGAAGCCCUGAGUGUACCUUUUGGUUUUGAUGACUUGAUCACAUCCACUACUUCCCAGGUACUUCAGGCUGUGUCCAAUGUUGCAUCUGCGUUUGGGCAUGGACAGUCCAAGAUGCCAGAACACAUGACAGGAGACCUGGCCGACACGUCAGGUCCCCUAGAUGUGGAAAUUGUGUCCGAGGAUAAUCGAUUGGAGUUCUGGUUAGUGGUAGGGUACACCAUAGUGGUCUUUGCCUCCAUCAUAGGCAACUGGGUCUUCAACUAUAUAAUUUUGAAGUACAACAGUGUCCAUACUGCCUCCGGCCUCCUCGCUGUCAACAUUUCUGUGACCAACAUGAUGCUUGCUCUUCUCAGCUCUCCCUUCACCAUGGUGCGCUAUAUGUGUUAUGCUCUCGUGUUUGGAAAGAUGACCUGCCACCUCAGUCGCUUUGCCCAAUAUUCAUGUGCCUAUGUGACUGUGCUGAGUAUGGUAGCUAUUUCCCUGGAUCGGCAUCGGGUGAUGCUACAUCCUUUGAAGGCCCAGAUCACUCCCAUGCAAGCCAAUAUUUGCAUCAUUGUCAUCUGGAUUGUGAGCACCUGUGCUGCACUGCCACAUGCUGUUUACCAGAAGCUUCACCAGGUGGAAUUUGGAAACACAACUGAGGAAAGUGCCUGCCUCCCCAGUUUCCCAUAUACUUCAAAAUCCACAUGGGUGUACCUUGACCUAGGCACCUUUCUGGUCUUCUUUAUGUUGCCUUUGCUGGUCUUGGCGGGUGUCUAUGGUCAUGCGGCCAAGAAGCUGUGGAUCCAUGAUCCUGUUGAUGACAUCAAUAUCCGCACUUACAUCUGUCAGCGUGGGAAGAAGAAGCAGACCCUAAAGAUGCUGAUGUUGGUGGUGUUUCUCUAUGCGAUCAGUUGGCUCCCCCUCAAUGUGUACCUGGUGCUGCUAGCCAGUGAAGCCAUCUCAAGCCACAAUGGUCUCUAUUUUUUCCUCCACUUGCUAGCAAUUAGUAGCUCCUGCUACAACCCCUACAUCUAUUGCUGGCUCAGUGAUAGCUUCCGUAUUGAAGUGCGAAAGGUCAUCAUGGAAAUCCAGAAGAAGCUGCUAGAUAAAAUCAGGCGCCUUAGGGGAGAGCAUCGCCGACUGCGCUCUGCAUCUCGUGCCCAUCCCCUUGAUCCUGAAGAUUCCAAUCCAGGAGUGCCCAUAUUCCCACGAUUCAAAGAUUUUGAUGAGCUGCCCAGUCCCCCUCCUUCCCCAGCAGUGCACAUCUCCUUUAUCCAUGCAGUGCCUCAACUUUAA